AUGGCGGCGCAAGAGGGGGCCGGAAGUGGAUGCGACGGUGGCGCUCCCUCGACCGGGGCUAUGGAGAGGGUGCUGCCUAUGUUGUUGGUGCCGGUUCCCGCCGAGGCCAGAGCGAGGCUGGGGCCCCGGGCCCGGCUGCACCGAGAGCAAGAGGCGCUGGGCAGCCUCACGGCCUCGGGCAGCCUGCAGCUUUUGUCGCUGGCGCCGGGCGGCCGGGGCGAGAGUGGCUGCAGCCUCGCGGGCCCCUUCCGGCACUUUAUUUGGGAGAAUUCCCAAACCAGUGACCCACGAACAGACAGGCCUAAACUUCUGACCCUCAGUGAUAAUAAUGAACUGUGUGUCCAUGAGUUCAAGAUGAAGGAUGGAAAAUGUGAUAUCACUACAUUGUGUAGCUGCAGUGGGGAGAUGUUAAAAAAGCUAAUUGAAGACAAAAACAUCAGAACUUCUUCUUUAUCAUGCCUGAGAAUUCUGUCAUUUCAAAAUGCCUCAUCAGUGCUGCUCAUCAACAGAUAUAUUGUCCUACACAUUGCAUUUCCUGGGAGAGAUGCUGAGGUCAAAACCCUCAGCUGCUUCACUCUGGCCUUACCUGCACAGGCUUUGGAAAGGAUAGCUGAUUCACAGCUUUGCAGAGGGUUUCUUUUUGUUUUGGAUGGUUCUGGUUGGAUCUACGUUUUUGAUGCUGUAGAUGGCACAUAUCUUGCUCGUGUGGAUCUAACCCUUCACCAGGAUCAGGCUGAUAUGUGUGGGGAGGAGCGACAGCAACCAGCCGACGUGUCUUCAUUUACUACCUUGAAGGUGUCUCAGGAGCUGGAUGUGGUUGUGGUUAUCAGCUGCUCUAGUGCUACGAUUGCUGUUGACUUAAACGUCUAUUUCAGGCAACAUCCAGAGCAUAUCCUGUGUGAGAGGAAGCUAAAAAAUCUUCCCAUCAGAGGACUUGAAGGAGUGGAUGAAGAUGACCCCGCCAACUCAGUCUACAAUGUGAAACUGACCAGGUUUUCAUUCCAGGUGGAUAGAUCCUGGAAAACUCAACUGUCAGAAUUGUACAACUCAACAACAAAGCCCAGAUUAGAAGUUGUGAAUUGUGUGCCUUGGUUCCAGGGUCUUCUUCAUUUUGACCUCUCUGAAUCUGGUAGCCACAUUGCACUGGAAGAGAUUUGUACCUUCAUUCCACAAGACCUAACUCGUGUCCAGUACAGCCGCCCAUGGAAGGAUCAUAUUAGGUCAGAUGAUUUAAAGAAGUUGUGGAAGGUAAUGCCCAUUGAAGAACAGGAGGAGCCAGUAAAGCUCAAAUGUGUGUCUGUGACAGGAUUCACUGUGCUUUUUACAUGGUUAGUAGAAAGUACAGGCUGGACAGUUGUCCUGUGGGACUUGGAGACACAGAAUGUGCAUCGCGUUUUCCUUGGCAAAAAAUGCAUUCCUGUGGACUGCAGUGGAAACCAACAAUUGUGCCUUGUUCUGACAGAAAAUGGACUCUCUCUGAUUUUGUUUGGUUUGACUCAAGAAGAAUUCUUGAAUAGACUAAUGAUCCAUGGAAGUGCCAGCACUGUUGAUACUCUCUGUCAUCUUAAUGCGUGGGGGAGGUGCUCAAUCCCUAUACAUGCAUUAGAGGCUGGAUUAGAGAACCGUCAACUGGAUACAGUAGACUUCUUUUUGAAGAGCAAGGAGAAUCUUUUCAAUCCCUCUUCUACCUCUUCUGUACCUGACCAGACUACCAGGCUUCCAUCUCACUUGUAUUUGAAAAGUGUGAAGGACCUGAUACCGGCUUUGGAUUUGCUUUGUUCAGCUAUACGAGAGAAUGAUUCUGAAACUCAGAGCAAACAUUUUUCAGAGCAGCUGCUGAAGCUCACAUUAUCUUUCCUCAACAAACAAAUCAGGGAGAUCUUUGCUCACACUGAAGAGUUAGAUGAACACCUGCAGAAUGGUGUGGAUAUUUUAACCAACUACAUUAUUGAACUUCGAACCUUCAUGAUAAAAUUUCCUCGGAAACCAGCUGAUGCUGUAAAUGCAUAUGUUGGUGAAGAUGUCCCCAGAAUAAGUGAGAGUGAAAUAUGGAGAAAGCUCAGCCCUGAGCAAGUUAUCUCCAAUGCCAUUUUAAAUAACAAAAUACCAGAGGCUCAGAGCUUUUUCAGGAUCACCAACCAUGCUGCUCAAAACCUUGGAGAACUGAUUCGAAUAGGAUUAGAUCUAGUCUUUGACAGGCUGCUAAAGAACAAUAUCAAAGAAGCUACCGAACUCUUAAAGAAUAUGGGCUUCAACGUAAAGGACCAAUUGCACAAAAUAUGUUUCUAUACAGCUGAGAAAAAUGUACGGGACUUUCUGGUUGGCAUUUUGAAAGAAGAAAAUCAUUUUUCUGAAGAAGAGAAGAGAAUUAUAGACUAUGUACAUCAGGUUGAAAAAUUAUAUUCAGGACCUUUCAAAGAAAACACAGAGACCCAGCCCCUCGGUUUCAGGAGCUGGAGAAAGGAAGAUGAUUUUUCCAAACAUAGAUCUGUUUUAGACUUCUUGAAAUUCAGUGAAAAAGAUGAAAUUUUUAAGCAGGAUCAUGGAAUUAUACUAAGCUGGGCGCAGUGGUGGGAUUGUCCAACCCGAGAAAAUAUCCUUCUUCCCAGGAGAUCUACAGAAGAAGUGAAGUCUUGUUCUCCUCGAGUUCUCUGGAGGCAUAUCACAGCUCACCAUGACUGGUUAAGCAUUUUCUCAUGGAUUGAAGAAUUGCAGACCCAGGAUGGUUGUGUUUCAUUUCAGCAGGCUAAAUGGCCCCAUCUGACAGUAGAUAUUAUUGACCAGAAUACAUGCUGCAAUAGCUACCUGAGGAAUGAAAUACUAGAUAAACUGGCCAGAAAUGGAAUUUUCCUAACAUCUGAACUAGAAGACUUUGAACUCUUGCUCCUAAGACUAAGCCGUAUUGGGGGUGUAAUGCAGAAUCCACUUCCUGUUCAAAACUAUACGUCUCGAGAUGGUUUGGAUUUCCAUGCGUGCUUUCUUUUAUACUGUUUAGAGCGCAGUCUGCAGCAUCUGCUGUAUGUCUACCUUGAUUAUUACAACCUUAAUCCUUUGAAUUGUCCCCUUUUGGAGAAAAAAGAACUGCAUGAAACUUAUCCUUGGUUUGAAUUUUUGGUUCGGUGUCGACAAAUUUCCAGUAAUCUGGCAGAUCCCAAACUGAUUUUCCAGGCCAGUCUCGCUAAUGCUCAGAUACUGAUUCCCAGUAACCAAGCCAGUGUGAGCAGCAUGCUGUUGGAAGGACAUACCCUCUUGGCCCUUGCUACAACAGUUUAUGCUUCUGGAGGCCUCAGCCAGGUUGUUCAGAAGGAAGAAGGGGAAACCUCUUUGGGGAAAGUGGAUCCCCAGCUACUAAAGAUGGCCUUAACUCCUUACCCCAAGCUCAGAGCUGCACUCUUUCCACAGUACUUUAUCCCUAGUAUCCUGCCCCAUGAUAUCACCCUCUACCACCUUAUUCAGUCCUUGUCUCCCUUUGAUCCCACCAGACUGUUUGGCUGGCAGGCCACUAAUACUCUUGCCAUUGCAGAUACCUCAGGUGAUCUUCCUCAUUUCUCUAGCCCUGACCUUGUAAACAAAUAUGCUAUAGUGGAACGUCUAAAUUUUGCUUAUUAUUUACGUCAUGGACGACCAUCAUUUGCAUUUGGUACUUUUCUUGUUCAGGAAUUAGUGAAGAGCAAGUCUCCAAAGCAACUGAUCCAGCAAGUAGGAAACGAAGCCUACAUGUUGGCACUUUCCCUCUUUCAUAUGCCUUCAGUAGGGGCAGCUUGUGUGUGUUUCUUGGAAUUGCUUGGUAUUGACAGCCUCAAGCUUAGAGUUGAUAUGAAAGUAGCCAACAUCAUUUUGAGCUAUAAGUGUAGAAAUGAAGAGACUCAGUACAACUGCAUCAGAGAAUCCCUAGCUGAAAAACUAGUUAAACUGGCUAAUGGCAGAAAAGCAUCAACUGAAGAAUUGCUUAGUCUUUUAGAAGAAGGCAUAUGGGAUAGUAUUCAACAACAAGGAAUAUCGAGGACCUCCAGCGAAUCAGGCCACCAGUGGUCAUUGGUGGUGCAGUUCUGCAGGCUUCAUAAUGUGAGACUGAGCACCGCUUACCUCAGGGAGUGUUCUAGAGCCAAUGACUGGCUGCAGUUUAUUGUGUACAGCCAGCUCCACAGCUACCCCCUGGAGGAGGUCAGGUCUCUCCUCCGCUACUUCAGCCCAGUCCUGCAGGACCACUUACAGCUGGCCUUUGAGAAUUUGCCUUCAUUUCCAAACUCCAAAGCACAUGAUAGACAGGCUUGUGACAGACCCCUAUGGGAGGCUCAGAGGAGACAAGAAGGGACAUCCACUGAUUUAUUUCAGAUUCUGCUUCAGUGUCCUGAGGAGCCAGAUUCCUGGCGUUACCUUCUGACUGAAGCCAUGAGACAACGGGCUCCCAUCCUGAGCAUCCUGGCCUCUUGUUUCAAGGAUGCUAAUAUUGUUCCUUGCCUGAGUGUUUGGAUCAUCACUUCUGUGGACAAUCGUGUCGCUGCUGAAGCAACAAGUCACAUUCAGGGUUCUGUAGAAGACCAUGAAUGGGAUCUGGAGGACCUUUCACUUAUAUGGAGAAUGUUGGUAACAAGAAAAAAGAGCAGAACUCUUACCAGAAGCUUCCAGCUUUUUCUGAAGGAUUCCACUUUGCUGUUGAUGAUGGAGAUGUAUGAACUGUGUAUGCUCUGCAAGAAAUACCAGGAGGCCAAAGUCAAACUGCUAGAACUCCAGAAGAAUCUUGAAACUAUUGAAACAGCAGGUAAUACAGCCCCUUUUACCAUUCCUGUGCCGUGGCUAAAAUGUCAAGUCAGCUUGCUUUGGAAGCUUAUGUUGCAGCAGUGUGAAACCCAGUAUGAGCUACGAAAACUGUUACAGCUGUUUUCCAAAGUAGACCAUCUUUCUGACGGUCCAGAUGUGAAGAAGCUGUGUCUGCUCAGCCAGAUUUUGAAGGACACAUCCACAGCUAUUAAUCAUUCUAUCAUCACCAAUUACAGCACUGAGAACUUUGUGCAGGAAUGCAAAUCCAUUGUGGAAAGGCUACAGACAAAAAGACAGUUUGCCCUGGCUAGGAAGGUAGCAGGAUUAGCUGAAUUACCUGUGGACAGCUUGGUUAUUGAAGAGAUAACUCAGGAGAUGCAGACCCUAAAACAUAUUGGUCAGUGGUACCUGAAACAAACAAGAAUUGAAUUCUGGAAAAAAUGUCAUGAGAAUUUUAAGAAGAACUCCAUUUUAAAAAGAAUAGCAUCUGACUUUUUUUUAGCUCAGGCCACCGUGCCAUCUGAGUCCUCAGCUGACGAGAAAUGGUGCAACAUUAUGGAAAGGCGUUUGCUGCUUACCCUGGCAGGCCAUUGGCUUGCCCAGGAGGACCCUGUACCUUUAGGAAAGCUGGAAGAGCUGGAGAAGCAGAUCUGGCUUUGUUGUGUCACCAAGCAAAUCCACUGUAGUGACCAUGAGGUGGUUGAAUCAAGGCUUUCUCGACAGAUUUCAACCAGCGGUGACCUGUCCUUUGAUAGCUUAACCGCUGAAUUUUCCUUCUCCAAACUAGCUGCCCUGAAUGCCUCAAAAUACUUAGAGAUUCAUGGCUUUCCCCCUAGAGAAGCCUCUGAGAGUAGACUGGAUAAAACUGAGGCAGAGUCACUAAACCUUCUGAUUGGGCGUCUGUUAGAUGAUGGCUCUGUGCAUGAAGCGAGCAGAGUUUGCCACUAUUUUCAGUUCUAUAAUCAAGAUGUUUUCUUGGUGUUACACUGUAGAGCGUUGGCCUCAGGAGAAGCUAGUGUAGAUGAUUUGCACCCAGAAAUCCAAGCUAUGCUUCGGAAUGCUGAGCCGCCGGGAGAGGAGGAGGAGGAGAAGGAAGAGGAAGAAGCUGGAGCUCCAGUUAGGAGCUUUCAGAGCACCUCAAGUCUGGAUACUCAGUCCUUCGUUAUGGUGAUCCAUGGUGAUGAUAUUGCAGCCCAUCUGGAGACUUUGACAAGCAGAUGCUUUCAUGGGAAGAGCUACUGCCGGCAAGUCCUCUGUCUGUACGAGCUUGCCAAGGAGCUGGGCUGCACUUACCGGGAGAUCUCCGCUCAGGACAGUACUGCUGUACUCCGAGCCAUCCUGUCCUCCCAGCAGCCAGACCGCUGUAAGCGAGCCCAGGCUUUCAUCACUACCCAAGGUCUGAAGGCAGACCAGGUGGCCGACCUUGUGGCUGAAGAGGUGACGCAGGAGCUGUUGGCUGCCUCAGCAGGGAAAGGACGGAAGCAAGCAUCCAGUCCAGCAGAGGAAGGCCUAAUGUUCUUCCAGCUGACUGCUUUGUGCCAGGAUCGAACAUUGGUUGGCAUGAAGCUGCUAGACAAGAUUUCCUCAGUUCCCCCUGGGGAACUGUCCUGUACCACGGAGUUACUGAUCCUGGCCCAUCAGUGUUUCACUCUGACGUGUCACAUGGAAGGCAUUAUCAGGGUCUUGCAGGCGGCUCGGCUGCUCACUGAUAACCAUUUAGCCCCCAACGAUGAGUACGGGCUGGUGGUACGCCUUCUGACGGGCAUUGGAAGAUACAAUGAGAUGACCUACAUAUUUGAUUUGCUGCACAGAAAACACUACUUUGAAGUGUUGAUGAGGAAAAAGUUGGACCCGAGUGGGACACUAAAGACUGCCCUGCUGGAUUACAUCAAGCGCUGCCGCCCAGGAGACAGUGAGAAGCACAACAUGAUUGCUCUCUGCUUCAGCAUGUGCCGGGAGAUUGGGGAGAACCACGAGGCAGCUGCCCGCAUCCAGCUGAAGCUGAUAGAAUCUCAGCCCUGGGAGGAAUGUAUCAAGGAUGGGCCCCAGCUGAAACAGCUGCUGCUAAAAGCCCUGACUCUGAUGUUGGAUGCAGCAGAGAGUUAUGCUAAGGAUUCCUGUGUUCGUCAGGCGCUGCACUGUCACCAGCUUACAAAGCUGAUAACGCUACAGAUUCAUUUUCUAAAUACUGGCCAGAACACGAUGCUCAUCAAUCUUAACAGGCAGAAUCUGAAAGACUGCAUCAUGGCCUUGCCUCGGUUCUAUCAGGCCUCUAUUGUAGCUGAAGCCUAUGACUUUGUCCCAGAUUGGGCUGAAAUUCUUUAUCAUCAAGUGAUUCUAAAAGGUGACUUCAAUUACCUGGAAGAAUUUAAGCAUCAAAGGUUAUUAAAAACCAGUAUAUUUGAAGAGAUUUCCAAGAAAUUUAAACAGCACCAGCCAACUGAGACAGUCAAAAAGAACAUGAAAAAUUUACUCUCAUACUGUGAAGAUGUCUACCUGCAUUAUAAGCUGGCAUAUGAGCACAAGUUUUAUGAUGUCAUAAAUAAGCUUCUCAAGGAGCCUCAGACUGGAUGUUGUCUGAAUGACAUGUUGGCAAAUUAGACCAAGGCCAAGAAGAAAUGACUUGUCUGCCAGCAUGUCUUGAAGUGGACCACAUCCUGUAGUGUACUUACCUGGAACUGCCCUGGUAUGUUAACACAGAACAGUUUCUGUCAUCCAUUACAUAUCACCCACAAGAAAGACUCUUCAUUAUUAUAAGUUUUUAUUUAAAGGUAUAUUAUUCAGGUUGGGUAGGUAUGCAUCUUUCUGUCAGCAUCUAGAAGAAACUAUUUCUAAGAGCCAAAGAAUGUUUUAUAAAGUGAAAGUGGAUCUAACGCCCUUCUAAGACCCACAGACCAUGUCAAAGAGAAGGUGCAAUACUGAUUAAGAAUCUGUGUCUUCUAUACCUGUGAAUAAAUUUUAUAUAGCUGAAAACCA